GCUGGGCUUCCCUCUCUCGGAGGCGUCGCUCUUCAGCGUGCCCCGAGUUAGCCUUGAAGCUGCUGAGAAGGGAGCAGCGUGCCGGCAGCCUCGGAGCAGGGCACCAGGUAGUGGUGCCGCCGCCGUCCGGCCUGGGUCCUCUCCAAGGGGCCGGACAUCCCUCGGUGUCCAUGGAGAAGGCGCCCCGGGGAGGGAGUGUGGAAGCGUCAUCUUCCGCCGUAGGGCUUCGGUACCUGUGGAGAAAGAGGCACUCCGUGGCUUCAGCACACCCUGAGAAAGGGGUGUAUCCACGGGGGAGAUGGAAUGAUUAACGUGCCCUCCCACCUCUUCCUCCCUUGUGUCCCAGUGCAGGAGUCUGGGCUACCCAGCUGAUUUUUCGGAGUUCAGCCUCUUGCCUUCGUUGGGACCGCUAGGAUGGGGAACAGUGGCUCAGCCGUGAAGGUCUGCACGGAUCACCAAGGAGGCAUCAACUGGCUGAGCCUGAGCCCGGACGGGCAGCGCCUGCUCACGGGUAGUGAGGAUGGCACAGCGCGGCUCUGGAGCACUGCCGACAGCCAGUGCCGUGGCCACUUUCAAGGACAUGAAAGUUACAUCACCUUUUGCCACUUAGAAAAUGAGGCUGCCUUCACGUGUAGUGCAGAUCAUACCAUUCGAAAGUGGGAUGUGAUGACAGGUCAGUGCCUGGCCAUUUACCGAGGACACACGUCAAUUGUUAACAGGAUCCUGGUUGCCAAAGACUAUCUCUUUAGUGGCUCCUAUGACAGGACAGCCCGCUGUUGGAGUGUGGACAAAGAGAAACAAAUCCAGGAAUUUCGGGGCCAUCGGAACUGCGUCCUGACUCUAGCUCACUAUUCCUCCAGGGAUGUUCUUGAAGAAGAGGAGGAGGAAGAGGAGGAGGAGGAGAAAGUGAGCAGAGACCUCUUGGUGACAGGUAGCACAGACUGCACUGUUAAGGUCUGGUGGGUGUCCAGUGGGCGCUGUUACCAGACUCUGCUGGGACACACUGGGGCUGUCUUAUGCCUUAUACUUGACGCACCAAACAGGGAGCUGUUUUCUGGCAGCACGGAUUAUACCAUUCGAACAUGGAAUAUUGUCACUGGUGAGCAGUUGAAAGUGUUCAAAGAGCAUCAAGGAUCAGUAAUUUGCCUAGAGCUAGUGAAUCGGCACUUGUAUUCAGGAAGCGCGGACAGGACAGUGAAGUGCUGGUUAGUAGACACUGGGGAGCGAAUCCAAACGUACAAGGCUCACAAACACAGCGUUAGCACUUUGAAAUACCACGCUGGGAUCUUGUUCACAGGAAGUGGAGAUGCCUGUGCAAGAGCUUUCAAUUCCAAGAGCGGUGUCCUGCAGAAGAUCUUCCGAGGGCACAAGUUCAUCAUCAACUGCAUCCAGAUCCACAACGAGUUGCUUUACACAGCUUCCCACGACGGCACACUAAGGAUUUGGGACGUCCGGGGAAUAUGUAAGAGAAACAAGCGGCGUUUGAAGAAGGAGAGGUCUGCCCAGGGCAGGAGCUCUCAGAAGGGAAGUCUGUCUCGUCUCUUCAACAAUAAAGUGGGCUGUAUGGUACAGCAAGAAAAUGGGGAGCAUGAGGCUGUUGAACUAAUGUGACUGUCCAGAACAGAGUUUCCAUCUGUGACCAAAGCUGAACCUUUUUGUUUUCUGCACCACUGUGUCCAUGUAAACCAGAACUUGGAAAGAGAUGGGAAACUGCUUUGCUUGUACCUCUUUUUCAGGAGCCAGGAUUCUUUGUGACUGUCAGAUGGACUCAAGUCAGAUAUUGUCGCAGCAGGUGACUCUCAGCACUGGGGUUGGGAGGACUGCAGGGUGAUGUACUUCUGUGUGUGUGUGUGUAAUUAAGAACUGCACUUAACAUUGCUUGUUUUCAGUUCCCUGGCAGAGAGGUGUUACACACUUCUGCCUGCCUAGUAUCUAAUGAGAAAUACUUUCUCCUGUUCCUGUUGCCUGCUCACAUGCCCUCUGUUUCACCAAACAUAGAAAUGAAAGGUGCCCUGCAGUAUGAAUUCGAAUUCAAUUUUCACAGCAGAACUUUGGGUCAGUUUUCUGCUGAUUAGACCAACUAACAUAUGAUGGAAUGGCUCAGCAGGAGUUCAAAGCAGACUGGACACCUCUCUGGGAAGUUGGGAGUAGGACAGAAAUUAAAUAAAUUUUUCUUAACAAAGCAUAAACUAGAGAACAAGCUAAACUUCAGACCUUCUGUACUGAGGUCAGUUGUUUGCCAAGGCACAGCAGUUGUCCUCCUCCCAGCAACCUAGCAGGUUCUUGUUUCACCUUUUGCAGUCUCACACUUAGGAAAGGAAGCAUGGAUGGCCUCGCAUGUCUCUUCUGUGUGCUGCCAGGGGUGUUUGUUGCCAGCUGCCUGCCCCCUUCCCCACAGAUGGGAAGCUCCUGCCAGGCUCCGCUGCAGGGCAGGGCCUCGCCUUGGCAGGAGUGGGAAGCUGUUCGCUAGGCACCAGGUCCAUGGUGGUGACUGCACCUAGCCCACUGCUUGAUUGUCCUCCUGGGGAAAAGGUUUACUUUAUAGCCACUGGGAAUGUCAAACUGGGUUUUUUUCAGGGGAGGGGAGAGUGAAAAAGGAAGAUAUAUUAGGUGCUCUAGGUUUGUUAUCUUUCCUCUGUAGGAGGCUAUGUCUGGCCUCAGUGUGCUAGGUUGCUAGUAGCAUCAGAUAAGCAGUCAAGCUCAAGAGUUCUCCCAUUUUUUUUCCAGGUUCGUCCCUCUCUGAUAACCACUGAGCCAUGAAUAAACAAGGGUUCUUAUAUUUUUCUAUUUGCAGAUAUAACUCUUUGUACUAUUUCUACAAAAAUAUCUAACCACAUGUUUUUAUUUUUAUGGCUUUAUUUAUUCUCUACUACAGCAAGAUAAAAAUGCUGCAAAAAUUUUUUUAGAAUGGACUAAUAAACAUGUGGCAUUUACAGACAACUGUCUAGUUUUUCUUCUCCUUUUGAGGGGAUUUGGCUGUCUGUCAAAGAAGAGCUGGAAUAUGAAAAAUAAUUAACAUGUACUUUAGGAAACAUUUCUUGCCUUUCCCUCACUGCUGGGGUUGGAGUCAAGCACACCCUGGAGCUGUCCUGCCUCCUGCCUGUCACCAGAGUGCUAGAGCUCAGUUUCUCUCCUCAGGGGAAGGAGCAACAAGCCACAAGCCAAAGCCCAGUCUUAAGGUAAAGUGUUGCCAACAGGGAGCU